AUGCCUGGCAAAAAUGCUGAUGCGAGGCCUUGGGGGCAAGUUAACUGGACAGGAGCACAGUUGGCUGUUGAGCGGACCAUUAACAUGGAUUGUAUAAUUGUGUUCCGUCAAAUGAGAAAGAAUAUCAUACAAUUCUACGUCAUUUACUCGAAGACCCACAAGUUCGCUAUCCUUUGCGACGGAAACAUCCGCUUGAACAUAGGGCAAUGGGCUAGAUUGCAGUAUAUAGGAAACGAUUUUCGUCGUGGACAAAUGUUGCACAGCGGAUCGCUACGACUGAUUAAUUACAUAGCAGCACCUCAGUUCAUCGUCGCUAAAAAGUUCAAGAUGCGAGAAGUAAACGAUGAUUUUGCGGAGUAUAUAGUCAUUUUAACUUUACGAGCAAAAAUUCAAAAUCGUGACGGCGAUUUGAUAAUCGAAUCAAACGAUGUUGGUACAAUCAAAGUGGAUGCUCAGUGGUCCCCUACCUUCCCAGUACCCGAAGAGUUUCCGAAGGGAGCAGUUGUAGAAAUUGAAUUCGUGAGAGACUGCUGGUAUCUACGUAAACUUCAUGGUCAUUGGCAUGAUGGUUUUGACUUACGAAGGCUGGACUCGCCAUUUAUUGGUCCGGGAUACACAGUUGAAGAAACCGAAAAAUUUUACGGAAAA